AUGGCGAAGAAAACCACCAAAUCCGCGCUUGCUGCGAAGCAGUCCAAAUCAGCUCCAGAGUCAUCAAGGCAGCCAGGAACUUCAUCGAAGGCUACCAUCGCACCUGUCAGCUCAAAGCCACCGUCAAUCUUCUCCAAACUUACCGACAUUCGAGCUCAACGAACGUUUCAGCUGAUUCUUCUUGCGGCGCUAUCAGCGCCACUCUCACAGCUCAACUUGUCUCCAGUCUAUGGUGCGAUCCCUGCCGGUCUUUACCAUCGAUAUGGAGUCAUUGCAUCUUUUCUACUUGCUGUUGGGAUUCGGGGAUAUCUACCCAAAGCACUAUCCAGAUGGAUCGCGACCUUCUCUUUCUGGAUUCCAACUUUCCAAUUUCUGCUGUUUCAAUUGAGCUCGUCACUUGGGAAUCCCGCUGGUCCAGUAAUAACCGAGCUUCUGACAGUCUACCCACUCAUCACUUCCUCUGUCUACAUAGCUGUUGAGUACUUUGAUGACCUAUGCUACGGGACCACAAAGGCGCCUGCCGGAAACACGGUGCCUGCGAUGGGACUAUUUGUCCUCUUCACAGUCCUCCAGAGAGCCGCGAGAAGUACCAUAGCCUCAUUUAGCGGACCAGGCUUUCUCAGGUCCCGGGUAGGGUUGCAGCUGAUCAUUGGCAUGUUGUAUGCUAUGGUUAUUCCCAAAAGCCUUGUUUGGCCAGCCUUUCCCUCCGUCGUCAUUACGAUGAUCGCCAAUCCACAUUGUACACUCACUAAAACUACUGAAGUUUUGAACAAUACUCUGGGUCUCUACGAUUACACCAUCUUGGAACGUCAAGAGUCCAUCACAGGAUAUAUUUCUGUGCUUGAAGAUAAUCAGAAAGGUUUUCGAGUCAUGAGAUGCGAUCAUAGUCUGCUUGGCGGGGAAUGGAAAAUUGAUUCAACUACAAAGGCCGCCAACAAGGUCGGCGAUCCUAUUUACAGUAUUUUCACCAUGCUAGAAGCUGUCCGUCUCGUUGAGCCCUCAUCCACUAGUACCGAAAAAACGGCGUUGAACAUUGGCUUAGGGGUCGGCACUGCGCCUUCAGCCAUGAUAGCUCAUGGGAUUAACACCACUAUUCUAGAAAUCGAUCCCGUGGUACACGAAUUCGCUGUCAAAUACUUCAAUUUGCCCUACAACCACAGCUACUAUAUUGGUGAUGCUGUUGCUAUUGUCGGUAGCUCUGUUGCCAAUGCUCAAUCGAAGCCAGAAACUUCUGAGGCCGAAUCAUACGACUACAUCAUCCAUGAUGUUUUCACAGGUGGUGCUGAGCCCGUCGAACUAUUCACCGAGGAGUUUUUAGCUGGCCUCCAUCUACUUCUCAAAUCUGAUGGAGUCAUUGCAAUAAAUUAUGCUGGAGACCUUUCGAUGCCAUCUGCAUCUAUAGUCUAUCGAACGAUUAUUUCAGUAUUUCCAUCGUGCCGAGCAUUCCGAGAAGAGGCCGCACCCGUCGCAGGCACCAAACAGGACGACUUCACCAACAUGGUGUUUUUCUGUCGAAAGACUGACAUCCCUGUCAACUUCCGAAAACCAGUCGAGACAGAUUUUCUGGGCAGUCGCUUUCGGCGCGAGUAUUUGAUGCCGAAAUACGAAAUUCCAUCUUCAGUCUUCGAGACCAAAGGCAGUGUUCUCAAAAAUGGCAAGACGAAAGAACUGGAAAAAUGGCAAGCGAAGAGCGCCAUUGGUCACUGGCGAGUGAUGAGAACAGUACUCCCAGAUGCCAUCUGGAUCAAUUGGUAG